GGGAGUUACGAUCACUCACAGGAUAUGACGCGUUAUUAAAAAAAUCUGACAAGUUUUACUUUUUCAACAGGCGUGCGUUGAACCGCCCCACGCAGCCUGCGAAACAAUGACGUCACCUCCGACAGGUAUGGGCCCGCCUACCUACCCGGCGACACUGACAUGACCCCUGACCCCUGACCCGUGUCGCGGGAACCGCGGACUCACCUGUAGUGCCAAGCACCGGGCGUCGCUGCUCUGCAGAGCGGCUCGCAUAUCCUCGACCAGCUCCCUCAGACUGGCGUUCUCUUCCUCUAUCUUGGCGAUGCGGUCCUCCGCCUCCUCCAGCGCCACUAUCUCCUCGUAGCACUCCCGGGUGCAAGAGCCCAGCCUGCAGGAGGAGGCAUGCCUCCCUCGGCGCUGGCCCCCCUCCUCCGGGCUGGGGGACGCGGUGCCGCUGCUGCUGCCACCGCUAACCGACAGCAGCCUCUCCCUCCGCCGUAGGGGGCUCCUCAGGCGGAUCUGGGUCUCGAUGUGCUCGCUGUCUUUCCCCACCAGCAGCCGGCCGUUCUCGUACUGGCAGCCGGCCUUCGUGCUGAAGUAGCCGCAGAGCAGAGCGUGGAACUGACGGAAGGUUAACUCACCGGGUAGGUUCUCGGAGACCUCCUCCUCCCCGCACUCUGACUCUGAAUCCGAGUCUUUGUUUAAUCCCAGCACCUCACACAAGACGUGGAAGUCCUCCGCGUGGACUUUGCCGCUCCCCUGGUAGUCCAUAUGAUGGAAGAUCUCCUGUAGGUACUGAUCCAGACCCGUGGCCAGCACUAUGAUCUCGUUCUCCACCCCGCGGUCCAGCCCAUAGUGGAACGCCAGAGUGCUGACUAUCCAUUGCGUCCUCCGUGCGGGUCGACCGUAGGGAUCGUUCACGUCAAUCUUCUCCAUAAUUUCCAACGAGAAACAUUCUAUUGGAGUGAGGAAAACCCAGAAGUAGCCCGUCUAACUUCGAAAACGCCUCUGUGUUUUUUGAGCGUUUCCAUUCUGGUGUGCAGGGUAAUAAUGAUGACACGGAGACGCACAGCAGCUCUGCAGAAACCCAGCAGAGAAGGAUUGAGCCGUUUUGGGGUCGGAGCCGAGUUGAGUUUUUUGGUACUACCCCCAAAACGCAAUAGGAGCGCCCCCCGUUCCUCUGUACAUGUUGGUCAAACGUAAACAUGGUUUACCUCAGAAGUUCAGAGAUGCAUUGCAGUGCACCGCUCGCAUGGUUCCUGGACGUGGGUCUUCAGGGACGGGUCUGGUUACCAGGGCGACGCAAUGCACUUAACCCCCUGGCCGGAGCGCAGUUCUCAUGGGUCUGCGUGUGGACGCCAGACGUUUCCUUCUGCUCCGGUGCAUGAGGGGUUCGUACCGUUUGAUUGCGCGGACGUGGAGCCUGAAAGCUGAUCCAAGAGAAGGCUUACCUGUCCUUUUUUAACUUAAUUUAUAAGCCAUCAAAAUGGAUAUCGUCACCACAGAUGUCGUUGACCCCAAGUCUGACAUCUGUCUCACGAGCGAUCCAAAGCAGUCCCAAACAGAGAGUGACCUCACAUCCUGUAUAGCUGAUCGAGUGGUGGACAAAGGGCCAGCAGAAAGCCUUCCCCCCCGGACCGGUCUGGCCCCCGGGGGCCAGACACUGGUCCGUGAGACUGGUCCCCCUGGUCGGGUACUGGUCUGUGCGACUGGUUCCCAUGGUCAGGUACUGGUCCGUGAGACUGGUUCCCAUGGUCAGGCCUUCACUAAGAAACCUCCGGUCGGUAUGGAUGACUCCUAUGAAGUCACCUGGACAGUAGAAUUCGCCGUAGCUGUCCCCAGAGGUGAGGAGGAGGUGAAGCGUGAAGGGAGGGGCCCCCGGGCUGAGGCCCCGUCCGAGGGGCCCGCCAAACCCCAGUCCUACUACCACCUGGAGGCCCGCCUGCUGCCGGGGCUCACGGAGCCGCUCAAGGCCGACCUCGUCGUGAUGGGGCCCGUCGUUAGGAUAUACAGGGACAACGAGUCGAAGACCUUGAGGACGUGGUGUGAGGGGGACCGGAUGUGGGUCAGCUGGUCCCACUCCUUCAGGGUCUCCGUCACCAGAGAGCUCCUGGAGGCCCUCCUCUCCCACACCAUCCUCCUCCGCGUCGUGGAGGGCCGGGACAAGGUGGGGAGCCGGGCCCGGAACGACCGGCCCAAAGCCUUCAGGCCCCUGCUGGCUCGCUCAGAGGACGACGCCGACGGCUGUGUUGUUGUCAGGGAUAGAGUGUCCUGGCUGAGGGAGGUUACUGAGAGAGACCCCUCAAAAAUGUCCAAGAAGAAGAAGAGCCAUACCAAAGCAGAAAUACAAAGACCUCCCGAAGAGAAAAGCCACAAGCUAGGACGCAGUGUGAAACUACAGGAACAAAGCAAGGACACCAUAACAUUAGCCAAUCAAAACAACAAGACUUUGGCUGCAUCUCACAAAAGUGGUCUUCAGCCAUACGAAACAGCCUUGGACCUUGAGAACAUCAAGAAGAACGGCCUCGCUUGGGUUGAGUGUCGACCACUUUGUCUUGUGGCAGGAGCGACCUCAUUGGCUGAGAGAUUCUCUGUUGUCCGUCCAUCUGCUGUCUUUGAGGCGCUGUGUAACAUCUCACUGGACCGGGCCUUGAUGUCAGAACAGCUCAAGGCCGAACUCAACCCGCUGGUCAUCACAAUCCUGUCGGCCAACUCCCUGCCUUCCACCCCCAUCCCUUUCCCCGUGCUCCGGGAGAAAUGCCUGCCCGUGUACUGCCAGUACCAGUUCCACGAAUUGAAGAUGCACAAGACGAAGCCUCAGCGCCACGGCGCGCACGUCCACUUCGACGACGUGCUGGUGGUCCUGGCGGGCUCCAUGGGUCGGGGCGGGCUGCGUCAGUACCUCACGGGCCCCCCGCUGGAGAUCCAAGUCCACGACCGCGACAGGAAGCCGCAGCAAGCUCCCGUUACCUCCGGCCUGUUCGGGACCCGACCGGACGACAGCCAGCUGAGCAGCGUGGCCUUCGUCGCUCGGAAGCGCACCGCCCAAGACCCUGCUGUCAACCAGGUGUACGAGUCUUACGGCGUAGCACACCUGGACCUCUCGGGGCUGGUGUUGGGCCAGAGGAGCUUCAAGGUGACCCUUCCGAUCAGGGGCGGUCCUCCGCCUCAGCUGCUGGGCAGAGAGAGGCCCAUGUGGGAGAGGAAGAUGACGGACCUGCCGGGCGAUGCCGAUGGCCGUGGGAAGCAGCCCUUGGAGCAGGGGCAUUACUUUGACUCCAACGCUCACCUCAAAGUCAAGGUGGAACUGGCGCAUCCCCUGUUGUGGGACGCAGACCCCGCCGUCGGAUCUGACGAACAUCCGGCGUUUGGCCGCGUGGUUUUCGUUUUCGGUUCCAACAAUGUCGACGUGUUGACCAAGCUGAGGUCGGAGAUUCUGAAGAUCAACGCGGCGGCGUUCAACAUCGGCUCUUGCUCUUCCGUGUCCCUCGACAGGGUUCUGUCCGAAUACCCGUUGAGUCCGGAGGAGAGCGAGAGCAAAGAGCUGGAUUUUGUCACGGGGUUCCACGUGCAGGACGAGCAGAGGCACCUGGUCGUGGUCGAAGGACUGAGACACAAAGCAGUGAAGCUCCUCUGGGAGACCAUCCCUCAAAAGCUCGGCGGAUGCACGGAGGAGCAGGUGAGGGUUCUCUACUCCUCAGGCAUGGGUUUCUUCAAGCGUAUCUACGGCUCGCUGGACGUGGGGCUGAGUCCUGUUCAUCUUCACCGGCCCCUGGAGGACAUCAUGGGGAACCCCCAGGUCUACGUCAGGGACAUGCUGCCCCUCUCCACCUUCCAGGCCCUGACCCGGCUGAGCCAGCUGUGUCAGGCGAGCAGGUUGCUGGAGGCGGUGCGUGGCGACCUGCUCCCCACGGUGGACAUGAUUCGCAGCGUCAGCAGAGACCUGGGCACGGUUCCUGGGAGGACGAAGCAAGAGAUCCGAGUGGAGGAGGAGGAGGAGGAGGUGGGGAACACAGAGGUCUCCUCCUCCCUGUCUGCCAGGGAGAGGAAGUGUGUGCCCCUAGACAUGAAUAACACAGAGUUCAAGGAAUGGAAGAAGAGGAUCAAACACACCCUCGACUAUGUUAAGGAAAACAUCAGGGAAGUCCAACUCAGGAGCGGCCAGAUUCAGAAGCCCAGGCGGGCUGAGUUCGGCCCAGAGCCUGCCGAAUUUAGCCAGGUGCACAACUACAGCAUCCAGACCUUCAACUCACACAGGAGGGGCUUGGAGCUGCUACGUGAGGAGAUGGCUAAGGAGCCCGGCCGAAGGUUCACGUACAGCCAGUUGUACCAGAGUGCUACGCUGGAACCAGGCGGUUUCACCGACGUUCCUAGGGGCAACGGAGCCGCCUUCGACUUCUACUCCCCCCGCGAGUACCCCCCGCACCCAGACCAGGCGCGUGUGGAGGAGCUGAGAAAGCCCUGGGAGGAGAACAUCCUCCACGCCAACACUCUUCGUUCCCCGCUGACCCGGGACCGGUGGCCGUGGUGCCGACGGUCGCUGGACUUCCAGCUCUACCCCAGCGCGCCCCCCUACUUCGGACCGCCUCCCCCCGUCCCUGCCCGCCUGGCCAGGGAGGGCCCUGAGCAGGAGCAUCUCCUGCAGGUCGUGGGACAUCAAGGCGGCUGGACCCGCGAGGUGUUGCCCUCGGGGGGUUCAGUCCCCGACGACCACAGCCAGCGGCCGGACUUCAGGUUCUACAGGGGAGCCGGCUCAGGGAAGCUUCGGGACAUACUGAAAGACGAGCCCCGGAAGUACUCGCUGAGGACACCGGGAUUGGCGCUUCAGCCCCUCCCUGCCCUGGCCGUGCUCGGAGGGGGGUCCGACGAGGACCCGGAGGCCCAGUGCAAGGCCCUCGCUCCGGGGCCGUUCCCCGAGAGGAACCUCACCGCCGCCCACAACGCCAUCCCCCGCCGCCCCUCCCAGUACCAGAGAUACAGAUUCACGAGGUACUGUGUUCCGCGCUCGCUCCUCCACAAGAGGAGAGCCGCGCCGCUGACGGAAGCGGAGAGGGCGUGCCUCAGUGCGGCCGCCAGCCCCGACGCGGAGACGCACCGAAAGAACCAGGGCACCACGACCGGCCCCUUCAACACCGUCGUGGAGGUCCGGACUCACAGAGAGGUCGCCUUGUACACCCAGUAG